UGGUCCGGAUGCGAGACCAAAGCCGGGGAAACAGACACAACUCUAUUUCCCAGAAACCGCCUGGAAACAGUGAGGAAUCAUGCCUACCUUUGCAUGGAGGAGAGCAGAAUGGGUGAGCCAGCUUGUGCAGGGAGAUUUUAAACAGCUGGGUAUGAUGUUUAAAGCAACGGUAGAAUGGGUCCAUACCUUUGAGGUGUAAAUGUUUUGCAAAUGAUUACAAUCCAAUAGCUUUACCUCAUUGCUAAUACAACGGCUCUCUGAGUGUGUCUUGUUCUAACAUUUCAUAGGCAUUUCUUCAUACUGUGCUCAUGUGGGACAAAUAAAUUAGCAGUCAGACUCAAUGAAAUUCAGACUUUUUAGAAUUUAAGGAAAAUAUUUGAGGGGAAAGCACUGUUGUUUUUCUCUAUUUAACACACUGUCAAGUAACCUUAUGUAUUGGAGGCGGUAACUCUGCGUUUCUUCUCAAGCUAAACGAGCACUUUGCUGCAGUCUGUUACAACCCUGGAGAGUAUGCAGUGAGGAUUUGUGGAGAGCUCUGCUUAGCGAGAAGACAGAUCCACCUGCCUUUCUCCAGGGAAUGUUGGUCUGUGUGGUCUUCAGAAAUCCGGGCUCCCUUAAGCAAAAUAUGAUGCAGUAGCCCCAGUCAGGUGAAAAUCUGGAGACCGGCUGAGACUUUUAUGGAGUUUUGAUAGGGUUCAGGGGACGCUCUGAGAGCGGACUUAGGGGCCAGGAAAUCAGACAUGGAGAGGCUGUGCUUGGCAUAGAGAUGAUGGAAGCUAUUCCCGUAACCCGGGAGGGACAGAAUGUGAGUAAUUGGAAGCAGAGGCCUGCGAGAACACUACGCCUGUGUGUUACAGGGACGGAAUUCCAGGCUCCAGGAAGACAGGUCAGGGUGAGGUGAACCAGGGUCCGGCUUCCAGUAUGUUGUGUCUACCCACCCAUUCUCUUCUGUGUACUUGCUCUGACGUGCUAGCGUGGUCUGUGUUCUAUACUCUUAAGCUCUUGAGAUCAUAAUAACACAACAACAAACACACCUGUCUUACAGCACCUUUAAUGCUAAGAAGUGGAGCCGUUUUCUUCCAGCCAUGAACUCCUCGUUUCAACUGCAUUUCUUGAAUCUUACUCCGAAUGCCACAGAGGACAAUAAUUUAGGACCAAAUGCCAAGAACAUGUCUUCAGCCUGUGCGGACAUGGGCAUCGCUGUGGAGGUGUUCCUGACUCUGGGUCUUGUCAGCCUCUUAGAGAACAUCCUGGUCAUUGGGGCCAUAGUGAAAAACAAAAACCUGCACUCACCCAUGUACUUCUUCGUGGGCAGUUUAGCAGUCGCCGACAUGCUGGUGAGCAUGUCUAAUGCCUGGGAGACCAUCACCAUAUACUUGCUAAAUAAUAAACAUCUGGUGAUAGCAGACACCUUUGUGCGUCACAUCGACAAUGUGUUUGACUCCAUGAUCUGCAUUUCUGUUGUGGCCUCCAUGUGCAGUUUGUUGGCCAUUGCCGUGGACAGGUACGUCACCAUCUUCUACGCCUUGCGCUACCACCACAUCAUGACAGCGAGGCGCUCGGGGCUGAUUAUUGCGUGCAUCUGGACUUUUUGCAUAAGCUGUGGCAUUGUUUUCAUCGUUUACUAUGAAUCCAAGUAUGUCAUCAUUUGCCUCAUCUCCAUGUUCUUCACCAUGCUGUUCUUCAUGGUGUCUCUCUAUAUACACAUGUUCCUCCUGGCACGGAACCACGUCAAGCGCAUAGCAGCUUCCCCCAGAUACAGUUCUGUGAGGCAAAGGACCAGCAUGAAGGGUGCUAUUACCCUCACCAUGCUCCUGGGGGUUUUCAUUGUGUGCUGGUCUCCUUUCUUCCUUCACCUCAUCUUAAUGAUUUCCUGCCCCCAGAACAUCUAUUGUUCUUGCUUUAUGUCUUACUUCAACAUGUACCUUAUCCUCAUCAUGUGCAAUUCUGUCAUUGAUCCCCUGAUAUAUGCCUUCCGCAGCCGAGAGAUGCGGAGGACCUUUAAAGAGAUCAUUUGUUGUCAUGGCUUCAGACUAAUUAGUAGGCUCUUUGGCAGGUAUUAAACACGUUCCCCUCUCUGUGGCUCUCA